UAGAUAAAUUCUAGGACUUGUUUAUCUCGGAUGGCUGAAAAAUAAUGUUAAGGUUUAUUCUCUCAAAGCUACAAUUUUUGGUAUAAAUACUAGGCACUUGCAGUCUGGAAAGCAUUAAGAGAUUUUAUUAAGUAUUUUUCAAUUUAAAAUAGAAAUUUGAUACAUUUGAGAUUGUAGUAUGAAACUAGUUUGGGCCUUGAUUUUGCUAAGCUGUUGCAUCGCUACGGGGUUUGCCCGUGGCAGAGUUUCUCACAGAGAUGAAUUUGAUUCUGACGGGAACGAGAUUCAGCAGGGUAGGCCUCGAGGGGGUUGGGCGCGUGCUGGGAGGAACUGGAGACAUGGAGGCAAUGGGUGGGUAGCCAAAAGUGACGACGAAACUGAACCAAUUCCUAGAAGAUUUGGCGCAUUUGGAGGACCGGGACCCCGCCGACACCAUCGCCAUCACCACCACCGUCAUCAUAGCGUUUGCGAAGGUAGCGAGUCAGGGAAUUGGACCAUGGAAGCUGGUGUCAUGUUUGAUCAAGAUGACGAAACGCCUUCCUUCCUCACAUAUCAAACUCCCGAACAAUCCAACCGAUCCGUGUCUCAAUAUUCUGUCGAGUUUCGAACAACGGAAGAGAAUGGAGUGAUUUUUAUGGCAGCCUGCCCAUGGAAGAAGGACUUUUUUGCACUCUUUCUAAAAGAUGGCGAACUUAGCUUUGCCUUCAAUUGUGGUUCCGGAACGGCAUAUCUCAGUACUGGAAAGUUGACCUUAAACGAUGGAAUCUGGCAUUCUGUAAAUGUUGUGAGAGUGGAGCAGGACGCUGUAAUGAUGGUCGACGACGUGGAAGUGACAGAGGGUUCUUCCCCAGGAAAUGCGACGGAGUUAAAUCCAAGUUCUAAAAUCUACUUGGGCACCGUUCCUCACAAAAUGUGGAAACGAAAAGGAGCUAUGAAGGAUCUCAGGAACUUGGCAGUUCCCUUUAAAGGCUGUCUCAAGAAUUUCCUGAUUUCCGAACAACUUCCAACACAAGUUGUGAAAGAAUGCGGAUUGUCCCCUUGUGUGGAUGAGUCCAAUGAAAUUGAAGGGGCUUAAUUACAUACUUAUUAUUCAUUUCCAUUGUCAACUGAUUUUGAAUUUAAAUAAACUUAAUUUUAUGCAUACCUUA